ACCCUGUUGUCAUCACUUGCGCCAAAUAACACACAAAAAACGAGAAGUUAUCCGAACGAUGUGACUUGUGAGACAUGUGAAAAUACAGCAACAAGCAGAACCAAGCUGAAGCUUAUAAUGUAAGAAGAUGGCUUCCCAAAAUUGAUACUCCACUUGCUUCUUUUGUACCUUGAUCCGUUGUGCAUGUCAUAUCGACUUCAAUUUGUUUUUUCAGUGGCCAAGAUCUAUGUUCAAUGAUGAUGAACCUUUGGCCUUCAAGAGAAUGCAUGAAUUUUCCGCAGUGGAUGGCUUUGCAGAGAUAACUGAAUCCUUGGCAGAGAUGAUAAAGUUCAUUGCAAAUGAACCCUCCGUGGGGCUUUUCUACAUUCAACAACAUACUCAUAGUGCGCCCAAUCUUACCAAUCUCAAGAAUGAUAUUGAGGAAAAAUCUGGUGAAGUGACUUUGCAUGCAGAAGAUUCAGAGGAUUCUGUCACCGUGAUCAGGUCAAUGAAAGAUAUCGGCGCCCCAAUUGCUAAUGAGAUGAUUAAAGAUCUGAGACAUUCUCUAGCGGUCGUGUUGAAGAAGCAACCGAAAAAAGGAUUACUAAGGCACCCUGGUUCGACUUUUCAGAUAGGGAGAACUAGUUCUUGGAGUCCUGCCACUCGGGGUCGCAGUACAGGUCCAGAACGGGACCGGGAGAUGGCUAGUGGUUAUCUCUCAACCGUUUUCAGGUCAGCAAAAGAGAAAGCUAAUGCAUUAUCAGCUGCAGAGGCGGGUUUUUCGUUCUGGGUUUCAAAGGCCAAUGAUGAAGAGUUGCCAUUAUCGAGUCCAACUAAUAAUGAGCUACAAGUGAUGCAGGUGAAUAAAAGCAUGACCCCCGAUCAACUACACCCUUCAUCAGAAAACUAUGAGGAAGUUACGGCUGAUAAAGAAGCAAAAUUCGAGGGGUGGUUGGGAGGGAAAGAUAAUCGUAAUGCUGGUCCUGGAGAAAAAUAAGGAUUGCUGAAUGGUACUUCUCUCAUUAGAGAGAGCUUUGCUUGUACCAUUAUUCAUGAUCUUUGUACUAGACCAAUAAAUGUUUAAAGAGAAAUUGUAAUAAUUAGGGAAGAGAGAGAAAUUCAGUCCUUGGAUUUAGUCCUGCUUUACAAGGUUUACUCGUUCAAACAAGUAAAUUGAAAUGUAAAUGGUAUUAAGUGAAAGCUUUUCUUAAAGUAGAUGGGAGGAGUUGAAUGAACAAGAGUUCCUUUGGUAUUUGAGGAUUGUGAUCAGUUGAAAGUACAAACAAGAAUUCCAACUUA